AUGCUUGAUUUUGAUUUGGCAGUUUUGGCAUUCCAAGGUGUGUUUGGUGUUGAUACAGAUGCAGUGCAGCCAGUGUCAGUGGUGGAGGGAAAACCUAUCACUCUACAAACUGAUGUAGAUACUGUAAAAGAGAUAAUAUGGAAGUUUGGAGAACAAGGUAUAUUCAUAGUCCUUUUAGAUGGCGAUCAGAUCUCAUAUCCUAGUGAUAUUGAUGACCGAUUUAAAGGCAGACUGCAGCUGGACAAACAGACAGGAUCUCUGACCAUCACAAACACCACAACCACAGACUCUGGAUUUUAUGAAGCAAGAAUUAUGGCAGGGCCAAAGGUCCAAAUCAAGAACUUCACUGUUACUGUCUACUCUUGUCUGCCUGUUCCUGACAUCAGAGACAACAGAGACUGUGCUUCAUCACAAUUAUCACACCAGAAUUGUUCAUUGUUGUGUUCAGUGGUGAAUGUGAGUGAUGUGAGUCUCUCCUGGUACAAAGGAAACAGUUUAUUGUCCAGCAUCAGUGUGUCUGAUCUCAGCAUCAGUCUCUCUCUACCUCUGGAGGUGGAAUAUCAGGAUAACAACACCUACAGCUGUGUAAUCAACAAUUCGUUCACUAACAAGACUCAACAUCUCAACAUCACUGAACUCUGUUACACAUGUGCAACCCACCAUCUGUUCGCGGACAACGACACCAGUGACUCUGCCCCGGCUCCUGGCUCCCUCAUCUCAACCGUCACCUGUCUCCCCACCAGCUCCACUGGGCUCCCUUCCGGCUCCACCUUGGUUGGUCGUUGUCCUGCCAUCACCUCAGGACCUACCAUCAUGGCUGCGGCCUGGAUCUCACUUGGCUCCUCCUGCUCCGGGUCCCUUUUGUCUCCACCCGGCCCCUCCCGCCGAGUUUUUGUUAUCCUCCUCCCAUGA